UUUUUCAGAUCACAUCUCAUCGUUUGUUGCAGGCCGUGAUCCGAUCCGAGACUUAGCAAUCGCCAUUGUUUUGUUGGCUUUGUCAUUGUUCCAAGUUUUGAUUAAACACCAGCCAGAGCUUUUCAGGUGAAGAAGAAGCUGAAAGCAGAUUGCCAAAAAGUUCAAUGUAAAUGCAAUGCAGAAUCUCUGAAUCUCUCGCUGGCUUGCUGUUUUCACGUGCUGGUCGUCAGCUGAUCAUGUGCCGCCUCCUCAUACUUCUUUGAAAGUCUACCCUCUUUCUACGUUCUCAACCCCACCACUACGCUCCACUUCCUUCCCCCUCUUGACUUUUCUCCCUAACUUUCAUACUCCUACUUCAAUCAGACACUCUCUGGUUUUGGUCUUUUUUUGUCUUGCUCUUCCAAAAACCCCCUAACAAGGACGCUGCAUCUUUAUUCUCUUCCAUUUGAUUCUGUUUCUCUAUGUAGUGCUCAGUCAUGGGCUGCUUUCAGUCCAAAACCGCCCUCCUCACUUCCCCUGAGCAAGACCCUCCCCUCCCUCAGCCCAACCCUGAUCCAGGUCAUGGGGAGGAGAUGGAGCAAGAUGGCGCAGUGCCGGGAUUCAAGGAGUUCGGCCUGGCGGAGCUUCGAGUGGCAACGAAUGGGUUCAGCAGCGAGUUGAUAGUCUCGGAGAGUGGAGAGAAAGCUCCCAAUGUGGUUUACAGAGGGAAGCUUCGCAACAAUCGCCUGGUCGCCAUUAAGCGCUUCGCUAAGCUAUCCUGGCCCGACCCACACCAGUUUGUGGCAGAAGCUUCUGGGGUUGGGAAGGUUCGGCAUAAGAGACUGGUAAAUUUGAUUGGAUGUUGUGCUGAGGGAGACGAGCGGCUAUUGGUGGCCGAGUUCAUGCCCAAUGAUACUCUCUCCAAGCAUCUCUUUCACUGGGAGAAACAGCCAUUGCCUUGGGAAAUGCGUGUGAGAGUUGCAUACUAUAUUGCACAAGCACUGGAUCAUUGCAAUACCGAAAACCGAAAAAUCUAUCACGACUUAAAUGCAUAUAGAGUUCUCUUUGACGAGGAUGGUGACCCCAGACUAUCCAGUUUCGGUCUUAUGAAAAAUAGCCGAGAUGGAAAAAGCUAUAGCACCAACUUGGCUUAUACUCCGCCAGAGUUUUUGCGGAUAGGCAGGGUCAUCCCAGAAAGUGUGAUCUACAGUUAUGGGACUGUUCUGUUGGACCUUUUGAGUGGAAAGCAUAUCCCUCCAAACCAUGCGUUGGAUUUGAUAAGAGGAAAAAACUUGUUGUCAUUGCUGGAUUCAUCCCUGGAAGGACAAUACACCCAAGAAGAUGCAACUCAGUUGGUUGAGCUGGCCUCAAAAUGUCUUCAAUAUGAGGCUAGAGAUCGGCCUGAUAUUAAGUUUCUUCAUUUGGCAGUAGAGCCCCUACAGAAGCAAAAAGAGGUUGCAUCACAUGUCCUGAUGGGCCUAACAAAAAUGCCGAUGGUGCUGCCAACCAUGCUUUCCCCACUUGGAAAGGCUUGUGCCAGGAUGGAUAUUACUGCAGUGCAUGAUAUAUUGCUUAAAAUAGGUUAUAAAGAUGAAGAGGGAGCAGAAAAUGAACUGUCAUUCCAAGAAUGGACACAACAAGUGCAAGAUAUGUUGAACACAAAGAAGUUUGGGGAUAUUGCAUUUAGAGACAAAGAUUUCAAAAAUGCUAUUGAGUAUUAUUCAAAGUUGGUAUCGAUGAUGUCUGUUCCUUCGGGAACUGUCUUUGUGAGGCGAGCCGUCUCGUACUUGAUGAUUGGCCAACCAGAAUUUGCCCUGAGAGAUGCCAUGCAAGCUCAGGUGUGCUUGCCGGAGUGGUCCACUGCCUUCUACAUGCAAGCUCUUGCCCUCUCAAAGCUUGGAAUGGAAACCGAUGCCCAGGACAUGCUUAAUGAUGGAGCCUCCUUCGAAGCAAAGAAGCAAAACAGCUGGCGCAGUUAGGAUUUUCAUGUAGUGGGGGAAGUCCAUAUCUGCCCCAACCUUUCUGCCCCAUUUAUACCAUUAUUUUGCCUUUGGCUGGGCAAGCAUAUCCAUGUGAGAACAAAUUUACUGUAUGGUGAGAGUAGUUUUAAGUUGACACCCACCAUCCUCCAUUUGAUUAGUUUCACAGAGAGAAAUGUAUAAAGCUUUUUAAAAACAAUAAUACAAGUUAAUUUUGAGACUUUGUAGUGAACUUAAA